AAAAAGACUGAAAAGGCUCAGAAAUAAUAAUGCUGCUGUUCCAGCUAAGAUAGGAAGGUAUAUUCUAUCCGCAAAAGACUUAUAGGGUUAUAGGUUAAAAAGUAAUAGAUAACAUAUUUUAACAAACAUGAGGUUUAUUCGCUGAAAGCAUCCUUCUGGAAACAUCUGUCCUCCAGCCUGUCCCUCACUCUCUGCAGCGCUUUUCCUGGACGGAUGACAUACCUUGCCAGGCAAAUGUUGUGGUGAAGACCGCGCUUCCUUCACUGACCCCGCCGGAGCGUCGGUUUCCCGACACGCUUUGAGCAUUUGUGAACAUCCUCUGGGGAUGAAGUAGAGAGGAUCAUGGGUCCAACUGAAGUAAAAACAGCCAACGCGGUCGACAUUUAUCGUGACACAUGGGUCCGGUUUUUAGGCUAUGCCAAUGAAGUCGGGGAGGCCUUCCGUGCUCUGGUGCCAGUGAGCUUCGUUUGGGGCAGCUAUGCCGUAGCCACUGCUUAUGUUACCGCUGAUGCAGUGGACAAAGGCAAGAAAGCAGCUGUGGCCCACGGGGACAAUCCAGGGAAGACGACGCGAGUGGCGGUAGCAGUCGUGGACACGUUUGUGUGGCAGGCCCUGGCCUCUGUGAUCAUCCCAGGCUUCACUAUUAACCGUGUGUGCGCUGCAUCCUUGUAUCUGCUGGGCAGGACCACCAAGUGGCCUCUGCCUGUUCGCAAGUGGACCACAACAGCUAUAGGCCUCUCCACCAUCCCUUUCAUCAUUACUCCGAUAGACAGGUCAGUGGAUUUCCUGCUGGACUCGAGUCUCAGGAAGGUCUACAAUGAUGGAAAGAAGCAUGAAUAAGGAGGAUCAUGCAGGACAGACUGGAAACACACCAGUCACAAACCUGCACUGAUUAUCCAGACACUCUGGAAAGCAGCCAUCUUAUGGAGCAAGAUUUCACACUCACUUAGUGAUAUACAUGUUCUACAGUAGUUUUUAUCACAGAGCUGAAUAUUUCUAUCCUUCCUGCUCCAGGAGAAUCUCAGUUUUAACCUCAGGGCAAUCUGGGUUGUAUUACCAAAAUAAAUCUAAAUGAGAAUGUAGGAGUAUAAAACAAUAGAACAUCUCCACUAUACCUGCUUGUUCUGCUGGGUUUAGGUAUAAUAGUAGAUUCCUGGUAGGCAAAGAUAACUUCAGAUGUUGUCAUCUAUAAAAGAAGAACUGAGCCUUUUACUCUGGCUCGUGAAGCAGCACUUAAUGUUAAAACAUCAAGGUGCUUUUGUAUCACAAUGUGUUAUAAUUAGCCAUAUUUAGUGGAAGUGUAAUAUAAUGGCAGGUUAAUGACCCUGGUCACCAUUAAAGAUUUUUCUAUGUUUCUUUUUGAAGAUAAAGGCUCCUGUUGCUGAAAAAAAACCGGCAGCACUGAAGGGUUUUACAUGGUGCACUUUUUCAAUCUAGCCUCUUUCUUAUGAAGGUCAACGAGCCUUUCACUGAUAGCCUUCUUUACACAGUAGUUCCAGCUUCUUUAAUUCUAUGCAGUGUAUAAAAUCAGUUUGUGGUUAGAAAGGGCAGUUUUAGGUCAUUUAACAAUGUAUUUACAGCGUCAAAUGUCAGUAUUGGCUCCAGAUUACAGAGAUUAUAUAGUAUUUACAAUAGCUGCACUUGGCCGGAGCCAAGAAACAAAAACUAACAGCUUUACUUCCAAAGGCAGGAUGUAACCUCAAUGUUCAUGCAAAUCAAAUAUAGUGUAGAUACACGUUAGGCUAAGGUUAUCCUUAUAUAUUGUUAGCCUCAUAGCAUAAUUGUAGAAAUAGAUUUAUAGAUGCUCUUUGUCAAAACUGUGAUGAAGAAUUUCAUAAUAAGCUAUGCAAAGGAAAAUGUCUCCAAGCUAUUUAGAAAUUAGCUAUUUAGAAAGGACGGAAUUCUGGUGACAAGGACUGCAGGUUGCUGGGCACACAGCAGGAAACAUCCUUCGGUAUACAUCAAGCUAUGUGUUUAACAGUAACCAUGGUUUAAUAUUUCACUUCUUGUUUUUCUUUUCUUUUUUAUUCUAAUCAAUAAAAUAAAAAUCCUGGUUAGCAAAAACUUACUUUCAACAAGUUUGAUUGCCGCCAUCAGGAAUUGGCACAACUUUAUCAGGACAACUUGACAGCACUUGUAUUUCAGCACGGAAAUAAAUGUCUUUACUGCUUCGGUCUUUUUACAUUUAAGCACACAUUGUGUUAUUCUUUAUGCACAAGUAAGGCUGCCAGAGGUUUUUCAUCAGCCAGUUUAAUUCAUCAUAGCAGGAAAAGCAAAGGCUCCCAAGUCAAAUGGAGUAAAUAGUAGCUGAGCCACAAUAUUUGCCAUUAUUUUUAUUUAUUCAUCCUUUCCUGCUAUGAUGUCAAAAUGUCUGCCAUGAAAAAAAAGAAGAACCCUGGUCCCUGUAAAACAAUGUUUAUGUUCACAUUUGUAAUUUUAAAAAGGCUUAAGAAAUGGUUGUUACUUUUGAUAAUAAUGGCUUUGGGUCACAUUUUCAGCCUUAAUUGAAAAGAAAUGUACUACUUGUUUUAUUACUGUCAUUCACACUGUGGGGAUUCAAAGCUGAAACCUAAAGUUCCUUUCAUUUGUAUGAUGAACACGUGCAAUCUUUAUCUUCUGUUUCUUUUUUGGGCUGUAGGGAAAUAAAAUAUGUACUGUCGGAAAUGUCUCAAAAUUUUUUGUCUAUUAUAAACCAAAGCCUAAAAAACCUCAUGUUUGCCUUCUAAACUUUUACAUUUCACCAUGUUAUGGUUGUAUGGCCCAUUUACUGCAUUCUUCAAACAGUGAUAGUGUGGAGUUCCAAAAGAGACUAAAUUAAAAAAAAUGAAGUGGUUGUUUAGGAGAUAUAUACCAUCUCUAAAAUACACAGUAAUUAAGAAAAAAAAUAUUCUUUUACUAUUUACUUAAUUAUUAUAGUAGGGUUAUAGACUGCAGCACAUGGUCACUGUAUUUAAUCUGUGUUACCCAUCAAAGUCAGUGAGCAGGACUAACACUAAUACUAAAUCAAUUUCUUAAGAUAUGGGCUGUACCUUUACAGAUUUACUUUAUAAAAAAAUUAAGGUGUUGCACUUUUAACUUAAGCCUUGUUGAGAUGGGGCCAGACCCUUCAUCUGUUAGAUCAGGGGUCUGCAACCUGCAGCUCCAAAGCCGCAAGUGACUCUUUUGUUUCUCAGCUCACUUAAUAUAUUUAACAAUGAAAUAUUGUCCUGUGUUUUUUGUUUCAUUCUUUUGUUCUGUGCCCCCACGAAAAAAACACUGGUCCCACCCUGGCACCUGUGGUAAAUUUGGGUGCAAUUGGCCUUUCCAUUGGUUACUAAGCAGCUAGUGUCAGGUGCAAGCUGUAGAUCCAUGAUGUUUCCCCUGCAUCCAAUGACAGAAUUACCUUUAAGAAGGCUCCCUUGCACUGUUUUGAAGUAAAUUAUAGCUGUGUUCAAAGAUUGAAGGUUUUUUUAUAUUACACUUGUUACAUAUUGUUUUAACAGUCAUUUCAUUUUUAAAUGGCAUUACUAACCACAAAUCUUUAUCAAGGUAAUCUUCACUAACAAUUGCUUCAUCCCUCCUCAAUAGUGUAGUUACUUUGAAGGUUAAUAUUUCAAACUUUAGGAUCUAUUUGAUGAGCCACAGCUACAAUUUAAGUUAUUUCAUGGUACACAGCAUUGCAAAAAAAGCAGUAAAAGUGUAAUAGAAUAAAUAUUUGAUUAAAUGAAAGGUCAGAAAUCACUGUUUAAUUAUGUACCUUAAGGUACAGACAUAUUUAAUAUUUGUGAACAUGUGCAUUUAUAUACUUAUGACCUGCACACAUGAUUAUCAAAUUACUUAUUUAUUUAGAUUUUGACACUUGGUAGUGGACACAUUCCUGCCACCUGUAGGCCAAUGAAACAGAGGUAUUCAAAGAAACAGCACCUGAGAGCUGUAGUAAUUGGUCCUGAUUCAAUCGGAGCACAGCUGAUUCCACUUGUGCUGAUGAAGAGCGCUGAUAAAAGGCAAAGGAAAUCCCAAACGUCUCAAUACAGUCAUGUUUAUGCUCCAUGUUGUGCUUCUGGCCCAUUUGGCCAUAUCAACUGUUCUGUCAGGCUCCCCUGUCUUUGUCAAUGGCCGUUGGGUAACAUAUUUAGAUAAUCCAGACUAUUAUGAUGUAGAUGAAGGUACACUUUUACCAGAUGAAAACAUGUUGCCUGAAAACUCCUCAGAAGCAGUUGGACUGCUGCCGCUUGAUGUCUGGACCUUGCAGACGACUCCAGAGUCCUAUCUUCUGUUGGGUCAAGAUUCUAAAGAAGUUCAUGACUCCAGGGUGUGGAAGAUCGUUGUCAUAACUGCUGUCUUGCUGGUGUCUUUAGUGGGAUGUCUUGGAACGGCUUAUUACUUCUGCAUCUGGAGAGGAGGCAGGAUCCAUUAUAUGCCUCAGAAGACCUAUGCCUAAAUGUAAAUUAAGUAAACGAUGUUGAAAUUUUAA